AUGGCUAUGCCUUCCACCGUCACUGCUGCUGCUUCUUUCUGCCUCGACUUCCCUCUCAUCUUCUCCGCGCCGUCCUCCUCGUCAUCAUCCUCCAAUACCCUUCGCUUCCUUCUUCACCGGCGCCGUGCCCGCUGCCCUCUCGCCGUUGCUACCUUCAAGAAGCUCUCAGAGGCGUCCCUCGUGCCCAUCCCUCAGGAGCCCACGCAGCCCCUGGUCGACGAGGACGCCCUACCCCCAAAGCUCGGAGUCUACGGCGUCUACGACCCCACGGGGGAGCUGUAG